UAAACAUUUCGCGCCACUGACUUUUAACCGAACACAGGAGCACCUGGCGGAUAAUUAAACUUAGAAAUCGCUAUAAGCCCUCUUAUUAUUAUGGUUUCAGCAUUAAAUCAUAGUAAUUUUCCGGCGGUGUUUUGAGGUGGACCGGUUAGUGAUGCUGAGCAGCUGUUUGUGUUUAUGGAGCCGUUAGUGUCUGCUGGGAUAUUCUCUACUAAGCAGAUACAGAGCUGAUAUUUACCUUCACUAUGAACAGAAACAAAUUAAAGAAGACCAAGGUUGCUGCAGGGCAGCAGAACAUCUCUUCAUUCUUUUGCUCCAAAACCCAAACGCCUUUCUCAUUACAGGAUGAGGUCUCCCUUAGAGGUAGUCCACGCUGCAAGGCUGAGCCUCGGAUAAAAGAUGUGGAAGACGAUGUUAAUUUCAGACUAAACACCCCUCCAAAGAGGAGUAUUCUCGGGGACCUGGAAAACCUCCUUCCCCCCUCCCCUGGCCUUCUCUCUGUGCCAGAGACCCCCAGUAGUCAGAUCAGACUUUCCCUUCCUUCUCCCUCCAGAGCGGGCGGUCCAUCAAGCUCCGAGCCAAAGCAAUGCCAGCGUUCUCUGAUCUGUCCAAGUCCCAGCUCCAAAAGUAUAAGAGUGGGGAAAAAGAUGACAGAGAAAGGAGAAAUGAUUAAGAGUGGAAGCACAUUAUCUGGCUCUUUGAAGAGACUCUUCAGCCCCAGUGAAGAAACCCACCAUGCCAAGAAGGCAAGAACGUCACCAACAAAGACUUUGUUAGAUUGUCCAGGCAUCAGCCUGAAAGAAGAAAGGCUAUUGGCUGGUCCUCUGAAGACACUUCCUCUGUCUGCUGACCAAACAGGAGACACAAAACAUAAGGAGCAACGACAACGUGAGGCCGAUUCGUGUUUUACUCUGAUAGCAGAGCCACAAACCGACAGAAAUGUGCAGAGUUUCCUAAAUAAGCAGACUUGCACCUCUGCUAGUCUUCCACAUAAAAGAAGCCCACAGGCAGACAGACUCGCCGUAGAAUUGGAGGUGGACAGAGAAGAGAGGAAGGCUACGCUGGUAACGCUUGGAGAUGGGAACAAAAAGAGCUCCACAGAUCAGGAGAAAGGCAGAGAUGAAUCGGGACCAGAACCCGUCUGUCCCACUGAGGAGGCCUUUGAAGAGAGCUGGUUUGAUGACCUAAUGGAUGAUGAUGGAGCCAAAAAGGAUAAAGCCAAGAAGCCACUCAAGGUACCGGACCAUGUGAUCCUUUCUGGGGGACUAAAUAACCGCUAUAUGGUUUUGGAUGUUCAGGAGAGACCUGGCAACAAAACGCUGAUCAUCUCAUGCUGCAAAUCUCUUCGUCCAACUGAGACCUGCCUGCUUAAAGAUGGAUGGGAGUUGACCCCUGUUUGUCGUGGUGAUGUGAUUCAUCUGGAGGGCUGCCCCAAUGGAGGGGACUGGUUGGUGGACAGAGAGCAGGGUUUCCUGGUUCUACAGCCCGACAGCCUCAUCUCAGGUACCACCAUCUCCAACUCUAUCCGCUGCAUGAGGCGAGCGGUGCUUGGAGAAGUGUUCAAAAGUUUCGACGGCGGCUCUAAGCAGAUGCUUAAUGGGACCAUGGUGCAUGAAGUUUUCCAGAGAGCAGCUACAACCAAAGACUUCUCUCUGCACAACCUUUCCCGGCUGGCUGAUGAGGCGCUGUGCAGUCCUCGUUACCUUGGAGACAUGUAUACACUAGGAGUAAGUCAGGAGGAGAUGAAGCAGGAACUUCAUGAAUAUUUGCCAUCAUUGGAGCACUGGGCCAAUGAAUACCUCUGUUCUUCUACGCCAAAACCAAUCAGCCCUAAAAUUCCCAACAGCAGCAGAGGUUCAAAAAGGUCCCAGGCCCCAGCUGCUGCUUUCACUCUGUCCGAACUGGCAGACAUAGAGGAGAAUAUCUGGUCCCCAAGAUUUGGCCUCAAGGGGAAAAUAGACGUGACGGCGAGGGUUCGAAUCCAAAGGCCGCGAAACGAAAGCCACAGAAAUCCUGAGGAAAAGACAGUCCCUUUGGAGCUGAAGACUGGGAGGGAGUCGAACUCGAUAGAACAUCGCAGUCAGGUGAUUCUGUAUACUCUGAUGAGCAUGGAGAGAUACAGUCCUGAUAUCGGGCUUCUGCUUUACCUGAAGACGGGUAACAUGCAUCCUGUAGCUGCCAGCCACAUGGACCACCGAGAGCUGCUGAAGCUGAGGAACAGCCUGGUCCAUCACAUUAGUCACAGCGUGGAGCGAGGAUCUGAUCGGAGUCGCCUGUCCAGUCUUCCUGAGAUCCUGACUGACAGAAAGAGCUGCCAGUAUUGCCCUCAAAAGCUAAACUGUGCUUUAUAUGAGAGAGUGGUGGACCCCACCUCUACAGAUGUCCAUGAGGAUUCUGUGCGGGCCUUUCUGGAGCAAGAGACCACCCACCUGACUCUGCCACAUCUGGACUACUUCGCUCACUGGCUGCUGCUCUGCAGCCUGGAGGCGUCCACCAUGGAGGCCAAAAAUGGCCGAAAGCGCGUUUGGCUGCAGUCGGUUCAGGAAAGUGAGAAGAACGGCAGCUGUGUGGGGAAUGUGCAGCUCAGUGGCUCAGUGACCGCUCAGUCUGAAGGGGUCUUCCUCCACCGCUUCCUACGCAGCAGUGCUGCCCCGCAGCAGGGUGUAACCCACUGCGGUCUGACCAGUGGAGAUCGCAUUGUUGUCAGCGACCAGGAAGGUCGUCUCAUUGGCUUAGCAACGGGAUACCUCAGAGAGCUCAGCAGGGCGUCGGUUAGCUGCACUCUGGACAGAGACCUUUCAAAGUUCAGAGGUGUGAUUUUCCGACUGGAUAGUGACGAAGGAGUGGUGGGUCUCAGUACUCACCUCAGCAAUCUGUCCAGGCUGAUGGAAAACUCCCAGGACAGCAGCCUGCGUCUUAGGGAGCUGAUUGUUGACCUUCGACCUCCGGAGUUUAUCACCAACCUCAGCUCUGUUCUGCCCAGAGAGGCCAAGGACACAGUGGCAAACAUCCUCAAAGGGCUCAACAAACCACAGAAACAGGCCAUGAAAAAGGUUUUGCUGUCCAAAGACUAUACGCUUAUUGUCGGUAUGCCCGGCACCGGCAAAACUACGACCAUCUGCACUCUGGUCCGUAUCCUACAUGCCUGUGGAUUUAGUGUACUGCUCACCAGCUACACACACUCUGCUGUAGACAAUAUCCUCCUGAAGCUCAAACGUUUCCGGGUCGGGUUUUUGCGUCUGGGCCAGGGACAAAAGGUUCAUCCGGAGAUUCUGCCUUACACAGAGGAGAGUGCAAGGAAGAGGGACGUCCACACGCUUGCAGAGCUGGAGCAGCUGUACAGUAAAGAACUCGUAGUAGCAACGACAUGUAUGGGCAUCAAGCAUCCAAUCUUCACCCGGCGGCGCUUUGACUUCUGCAUCGUAGAUGAGGCGUCACAGAUCAGCCAGCCAAUCUGUCUGGGGCCGCUUUUCUAUGCCAAGAGGUUUGUUCUGGUUGGAGACCAUCAGCAGCUGCCUCCUAUCGUACAGAACCAGGAAGCAAGGUCUCUUGGGAUGGAUGAGAGUCUGUUUAAACGUCUAGAGCUCCAUAGUGAGGCCGUGGUGCAGCUCAACGUUCAGUAUCGGAUGAACAGACAGAUCAUGUCUCUGAGUAAUUCUCUGAUGUAUGAUGGGCGACUGGAGUGUGGAUCGGAGAGGACGGCUUCAGCUCUGCUCACGCUUCCCCUUCUGCCUUCCGUCCAAUCGGAGCUCACUUCUUAUUCCGAGACUUGUCCCCAGUUGGACUUGUCCUGGUUACAGACCACACUGCUGCCCAGCAAUCCUGUCUGCUUCUUGGACUGCUCAGUGGUUCCUGCCUUGGAGUCAGUGGAACAAGGAGGAGUGAGCAAUCACACUGAAGCUGCUCUCAUACAUAUGCUUCUGUCUCUUCUAAUCAGGGCUGGGUGUAAACCUGCAGAUAUCGGCGUGAUCGCCCCCUACAGGCAGCAGCUAAAGAGCAUCUCAGCUUUGCUGCAGUCCUCUGCUUUCAGUGGGGUGGAGGUCAAUACGGUGGACAGAUACCAGGGACGAGACAAAAGUCUGAUUGUUUUGUCGUUUGUCAGAAGCACAGCUGAGGAAGGAAGUCUGGGGGAGCUCUUAAAAGACUGGAGGCGCCUGAAUGUUGCUGUUACCCGAGCCAAACACAAGCUGCUGAUGGUGGGCUCUGCUACGACGCUGCGACGCUACUCACCGGUGGAAAAACUGCUCCAACAUCUUCAUCAGGAAAACAUGAUCAUCCAGCUCCCACCAGCUGCUCACAAGGCUUUACCCAGCAUGAACCUCUGAGGGAGGACCACACAUUGGUUUCAGCUCACUGGCUUCUAGGGAAAUGGCUGAAGGCCUUUCCUCCCUGAUGGUUGGAUGUUCAUCAGAAGGCCACAGAGCCUCUUUAUUAAAUAAUAAACACAAAUUGUUAAUGAUUUGCAAACUUGGUUUUACUUUAAACUAAAAUAUAUAAUAAAAUAUUAGUUGGGUUGCAUUAGAACUAACAUUUAAUGGUGAUUUUGUUUUCCUGAUCUGAAAAUAUCUCAAAUCUUUAAUUCAGUCCAAUUAGCUGAUUUUAGUCAAUUUUGUAUCAUUUUGAAGCCUUAAACUUCUAAUGUGAAACAAAAAUUCUAAGAUAUUGAAGAACUAUAACAGUUGUGCAGCUUUUACUGAUGGUAUAUGUGAAUAAUUACACUGUGAUACUUUAAACAAUUUGCUUUGGGGUUUCUUGCUAAUGGACUAAUGAUAGUUUAGGUGCAAUUACUGGUACUAAAUCCAUCAUUUUAUGCUUCCACAGCAAAUAUAAGCUCAUUAUUUAUAAGCCUCAAUUUAAUUUAAGUCCUGUUAACUGAAAAAUCAGUUUUGUUACUUUGUUGUGUUGUGUAUGCAGGCCUUUAAUGUUAAAACCUGAUGCUGUAACUGGAUUUUUAACUGUCAGUAAUGGGACCCCAGGCUUUAUAGUAUGAAACCUGGUUCCUUACUAGUGAGAGCUAACACCAAACUGUUCUCUGAUUUCUCAGCUUAGCAACAGAUUUUUCAUUUGUAUACAAUUUUGUCCAACUGCACAGAAACGCUUAUCCAGAGGUACCAGUAGUGUAUUUUAAAUUUAAAAAUUUUGUUUACCAUAGGUGAAUUGAACUGUUGGUUCUAGCUGUCCAACCAUGCAUUUGUUGUUUCAGAUUUAUGAAUUUAGAUUGCUAAGGAGGAUUCCUGACUUUUUACCUCUUUUAUUUUUAGGGUGACCUCACAUGACUGGUCUUUUUUUACUUUUUGUUAAACUUUUGUCUUCUUAAUGUUAUCUUUUUGUCUAAUGUGAAUAAAUAAUGU